UUGUCAACAACAACCAAAAUGGCCGCCGUGUGAUGUUGCUGGCAAGCUAGGCACGUUCGAAGACACAUUUUGGGUCUCUUAAUCGGAACUAAAAGCGUCUUCUUUCAAGUAAUCAGGGAGCUGUACACUAGUGUAGAGGGACCACCGACAUGUCCACCACACCAAGGUCGCCCAGGAAGGGAGCCAUCACGGCGGAGGCUUCCAUCGACAAUGAGAACGAUGUCGGACCGCCCAUCGACUUCUCCUUCAAGAUGCUGUGCAGUAUGGAUGACGCAACAGAAGACGAGAUGAGACAAGGGUCGAGGAAACACAAAUAUGACGAGGAGGGAAAGAUAAAUUCCAAUGCCCUGCGCAUGAACAACAACGCCCUGACGACGCUGGAUGGCCUUCCUGGAGCGAUAACCCGACUCUUCAUCAACCCAGAGGCCCUGGCAUGGGUGGACCUGUCAUUCAACGACUUAACCACUGUCGACCCGGUCCUGCUGGGCUACGGCAACAUCAAGGUGUUGUAUCUCCAUGGCAACAGCAUCGAGAACAUCGUAGAGGUGGACAAACUGCCGGCCCUGCCCGUGCUGAAGAACCUGACGCUCCAUGGGAACCCCAUCGAUCAGGAGCCGGGCUACAAGCACUACAUCCUGUCCCUCAUGCCUCACCUGGCCUCACUCGACUUCACCAGCGUCUCCAAGGCAGACCGGGCGACCGCCAAGACAUGGAUCCACAUGUACGGCAAGACCAUGAAGUCCAAGAAGAAGAAGAAGAAAAAGGCAGCCUAAACGUCAGAAAGCUUGUAAAGAUGCGCUCGUGAAUGUUAUGACUGGUACUGAGUUUUCUGCACUGUCACUGCAGUUUUUGAGCCAAGACUUUUGUAAAUAUCCUACAAAAAAUAAUCCAAUGUGUUGAUGAAUGUUAGAGUUACAUCAAACAUGUUCCAAAUUUUCUAUGCAUGAUCUGACAUUUGAUCACUACUAGGUCUAGUUUUGCAGCUGUAGUAGCACAUCUCACAUCUUAUAUAUCCUCUUUGAUUACCAGGUUUGGGUAAUUUAACUUCCAACAGGAUUACAAAUCUAGGAAGCAAGGUAAAAUGAAACUGAAAGUAUGGAUGUCUACAAUGAAAUCUUUUAUCAUUUAUGUAUGUAAAUUUGACAUGUAGUAUACUUCAAUUGUUUUGUUCCAACUUUGCAAUACAUUGUACUUGUAGUUUAUUUUGCUUCUAGCUGCUUAACAUAUGCUGCAUUUUCUUUGAUAAGUGAACCACAACCUAGAAGUGUUUAGCAGUGACUUGUAUAAAACCCAUGCACUGAACCACUUUUGUGUUUUUGCCUUUGAAGCCUUCCUGGUACGAACAACACCGUCAAAUGUUAGAAUAGAAAUUCAAGUGCCUCACAACUUAACUACGGUACCGUGUCUAGAACUCUAAUAGAUUUUUUAUCCAAUGCAGGAAGAGAAGUUGUACAUAGAUUAUAGUUUUCUCGGUGACGUUCCCAAUGUGUUGGUUGAGCAGUUGCUGUGUUGA